AUAAUGACGUUCUGCUCAGUCUGCUCAUUGCGCUCACUUCCUCUGAAAGUGAAACAAACCCGCUUCACUCAGCGAGGAGCUGUUUUAAUGACCGCCACCCAGUUUGGUACUUUGUGUUUUUGUUUCGGGUAGAAAUCCCCCCACCAAGUUAUCAACUUCUGAAGAGACUUUUCUUCUUUUUGACGCUUUUACUUGACAGCCUUGUCAGCCGUCGGCUUCAGUGAGUAUAUUAGACUUCGUUGGUUUCAAACUUCGGCCACCGUAGCUCUCCUGGGCGGCUCUAGCUUUAAGGACAGGACAAUGGACAGGCUGCUGCUGUCCCGGAUUGACGAGGACCUGGACGCUGGAGAGGUGGCCGAGCUGUGCUUCCUGUGCAGCGACGUCAUCAACAGAAAGCAACUUGAGGAGAUCAAGUGUGCAAGGGACUUGUUCGUGAAACUGGAGGAGAAAGGUUUCUUGAACAGUGCAUUCCUCGCCGAGCUGUUCAGCACCACCCGCCGAGUAGAUCUCCUCAAACUGCUUCAGAGCGACGGCAGAGAAAGGGAGGAAACGGACGCCUCUCCCGCUUACCUGCCUGAAUACAGGUUGAUGCUGUAUAAAAUACACGAGGAUUUGACCGACGACAAGGUGGAGACGUUGAAGUUUCUGGUCAACGAUCAGAUCGCCAAACGACACCUGGACAUGAGCAGCACGGCUUUAAACGUGUUUGCUGAAAUGGAGAAGGCAGGUGUGAUCUCUAAAAGCAACGUGGAUAAACUCCACGAGCUCAUGAUCGACAUUGGGCAUAAACCGCUGGCAGAAAUUGUCAAAAGGUACAAAGACAGGCUCCCUCCCGCAGGUCCAGAAGGAGGCGUUAACAAUCGUAGUGCACAACAGGCGACGGCGCCAUCCGAAGACAUAGACGAGUUCUACAGUCUGACACAGAAUCCUCGAGGCUUGUGUGUGAUCAUCAGCAACGAGGACUUCAUGGGCUCUAAAUACAAAAAACGUCUUGGAAGCAACAAGGACAACGAAAAUCUAAGCGAGCUGUUCAAACGCUUCGGCUUUGUUCCGGACAUACACAAAGACCUGACAGCCGACAAGAUUACAGAGACGCUCAAGAAGCUGAGCGAGAGGGACUUUUCUAAAGAGGAUGCCUUGGUGGUGUGUGUGCUAUCCCACGGAGAAAUAGGCACCAUCAUUGGCACCGAUGAAAAGGAAGUGACACUGGAACAAAUAUUCGAGCCGUUCAAGAACGUUUCCUCCUUGUUUGGGAAGCCCAAGCUCUUCUUCAUUCAGGCAUGUCAGCAAGAGGUGCCUCAAAAGACAAACCAGGAUGAGCCGUCCAAAGAGACGCCAUCCAAUUCUGUCUACUCGGACGCGACUUGUCCUUCUAAGGAUGGAGACAUUUUGAUUGGCAUGGCCACAGUGCCUUACAGCAAAGCUUAUCGGCACACAGAAAAUGGCUCCAUAUACAUCCAGGUACUCUGCAAGGAGCUGGAAAAUGCAGCUAAAAGCCCGAACAGAGAUGACAUACUCACCGUCUUAACGCGUGUGAACAGGAAGGUCAACAACCAUUGUUUGAUAGCUAGUAGGCAGAUGCCAGAGCCCAAAUACACUCUCACCAAGAGGCUCGUCUUGAGAUUUGUUUGAACUGUCUGGAACCGUGCCUACGUAUUAAAUGAUCUGAUGUGCGAUGGAUUCUAGUUUACAAGUGUGUCUGGAUACGAGUCUUUGAGUUUCUGAAUGGUUCUGUUUGAUAGGUGAAUUUUUGCAUUUUGGUCAAUCAAACAUCAAAGUUGUCAUAGAAUCACCUAUUUUGAAAUUUAUGAAAUAAAUCGAUAAGAAAAUGAAAAAAGGUC